AUGAAAUUUGCAGAAGCUUAUGCCAACUUAGGAAUUGUUUAUCAUGCAAUGAACAAUUUUUCGGAAGCAUUGAUGCACAUGCUAAAGGCACAAGAUAUAGUAGAACAAAAUUUUCCUUCAUUUCAAGAAAAACUAUCGAUAAUAUACAAUAACAUUGGAUCUGUCUAUUCUUCAAUAGAUGAUUUGUCGAAUGCACAUCACUAUUAUGAAAAGAGUUUAAUCAUCAAAGAAAAAGUUCUACCAUUUAAUCAUCCUUCACUAACAAGUACACAUAAUAAUUUAGCAGAAAUUAGUUUCAAACGUGGCAAUGAAGAAGAUGCAUUGAAACAAUUUCAAAAAGUACUCGAGCUUGAUCUUCAGACAUUACCAUCUCAUCAUCUUUCACUUGCCAAUACUUAUCAUAAUAUUGCAUUUAUUCAGAACAGACAAAAACAUUAUUUACAAGCACUGGAAAAUAUGACAAAAGCAUUGAAUAUUGCUAAGAAACUGAAUCAUCUAGACAUGCACGAAUAUCAAGAGCAAGUUAGCACUAUUCUUAACGAAAUAAAUAAUGAAAAGAUUAUUCAAUAA